GUACAGGGCCUGUUAAGUAAUAAACUCACAAUAGUUGUUUGCUGCUUUAUGUCUUACAGUUCUGCAUAUGAUUUUAUUUGGAAAUAAGUUAGCUGCCACCAAAUGUGUUGCCACAUCUGCAAACUUCCUGGGAGAGUAAUGGGGAUCCGAGUGCUUCGUUUCUCUCUGGUGGUCAUCCUCGUGUUACUCCUCGUAGCCGGUGCUUUGACUACUUUGCUUCCUAAUAUCAAAGAAGACAAGAUGCUCAUGUUGCGUAGGGACAUAAAAUCCCAGGGCAAGUCCACCCUGGAUUCCUUUACCCUCAUAAUGCAGACAUAUAACAGAACAGAUCUCUUAUUGAGACUGUUAAAUCAUUAUCAGGCAGUACCUCAUCUACACAAAGUGAUCGUGGUGUGGAACAAUAUUGGGGAGAAGGGACCAGAUGAGUUAUGGAAUUCUCUGGGGCCUCACCCUGUCCCCGUGAUCUUCAAACAACAGACAGCAAACAGAAUGAGAAAUCGACUCCAGGUCUUCCCUGAACUGGAAACCAAUGCGGUGUUAAUGGUAGACGAUGACACACUCAUUAGCGCCCAGGACCUUGUUUUUGCUUUCUCAGUUUGGCAGCAAUUUCCUGAUCAAAUUGUAGGAUUUGUUCCUAGAAAGCAUGUCUCUACUUCAUCAGGCAUCUACAGUUAUGGAGGUUUUGAACUACAAACACCAGGUUUUGGAAAUGGUGACCAGUACUCUAUGGUGCUGAUUGGAGCCUCAUUCUUCAGUAGCAAAUAUCUUGAACUUUUUCAGAGGCAACCUGCAGCGGUCCAUGCUUUGAUAGAUGAAACUCAAAACUGUGAUGAUAUUGCCAUGAAUUUUAUCAUUGCUAAGCAUAUUGGGAAGACUUCAGGGAUAUUUGUGAAACCUGUAAACAUGGGCAAUUUGGAAAAAGAAAGCAACAGUGGCUAUUCUGGAAUGUGGCAUCGAGCUGAGCACUUUCUGCAGAGGUCUUAUUGUAUAAAUAAGCUUGUUAAUAUCUAUGAUAGCAUGCCCUUAAAGUACUCCAACAUUAUGAUUUCCCAGUUUGGUUUUCCAUAUGCCAACCACAAAAGUAAAAUGUAAAAGUAAAACAAACAAAAACAAACCUGAAAA